ACUGCCAGUCUCUUCGUGACCCUCGGUCUACUUACCUUCCCUCCUGCUCAUUUGCUCUCUGUGUUAAAUCACCCUCAGGGUAGUAGCCCCUCCUAUUCUCCUCUUUCUCCUCUUCUUCUACUCUUUACCCCCUUGGCCACCUUCUGCUCUAUCAAGGGUCCCCUCUCUUCUCACCAUACCACCUCCUCUUGCAUCCCCUCAUCGUAUUAUCGGCUCAACACCCCUCCUCUCCCCCUCCUUACCCCUCCUCGGUAUACUCUCUCCACCAUGGCCACAACAGCAGCAGGUCGCAUGCUCUCCCGCCAACUGCAGCAAAUGCAGUCGGACAAGGACAUUCCCGGCAUCAGCUGCGGAUUGGUCGAUAACAAUGUCUUUGAAUGGGAGGUCAUGCUCAUGAUCUCCGAUGAUGUCAAGUUGUAUGGCGGUGGUUUCUUCCGUGCUCGUCUCUCGUUUCCUCCUGACUACCCUCACAUGCCGCCGAAAAUGAAGUUCGAGACGCCUCUGUACCAUCCGAACAUCUACCCCAACGGUGACGUCUGCAUCUCCAUCCUCCAUCCCCCAGAGGAAGACAAGUACGGCUACGAGUCCGCCGCGGAGCGCUGGUCCCCCGUGCAAACGCCCGAGACGAUCCUCCUCUCCGUCAUCUCCAUGCUCUCCAGCCCCAACGAUGAAAGCCCCGCCAAUGUCGAGGCUGCACGGUUAUGGCGGGAAGACCCGAAAGAGUUCAAGAAGAAGGUGCGCAAGUGCGUACGGGAUAGUCUGGGAGAGGAGUAAAUGAGUUCCUCCUUUCAUUAAUUACUUUUAUCAUACCUUGAGUCAAACCAUCCAGUCGUGGUUUGUACAUGGAACAGAGACGGAAAUGGGUCAAUAUG